AUCUUCAUUCAUUACGAUCAAAUUCAAAUUUCCCAAUCAAUCCUCUUCAUCAGUUCUCUCCGAAAAUGUCUGGACGUGGUAAGGGAGGCAAGGGUUUGGGUAAGGGAGGAGCAAAGCGUCACAGGAAGGUCUUGAGAGAUAAUAUUCAGGGGAUUACUAAGCCUGCAAUUCGCCGUUUGGCUCGUAGAGGAGGCGUCAAGCGUAUCAGUGGAUUGAUCUAUGAAGAAACCAGAGGUGUUUUGAAGAUCUUCUUGGAGAAUGUGAUUCGCGAUGCUGUGACUUACACCGAGCACGCUAGGAGGAAAACGGUGACCGCCAUGGAUGUGGUUUAUGCUUUGAAGAGGCAGGGAAGGACUCUGUACGGUUUUGGAGGCUAGGUUUAUAGAUCUUGGAUAUUGAACUGGUUUCUCUCCGUCUUUGUUGCUAUACAUUUUGCCUACUUUGUUCUCUAAUUUUCCGAUUUUGAAACGAAGAAUUGUGCUUACUGUUUCCAUGAUCUUCUGUUUCUCUUUUGCAACAUAGAUUAAUUUGUUCUGUUCUGAAUCUGUAGGCUACUUGGUUUAGAAAUUUCCAGAUACUGAGUUUUGAAUGGAUGUAGAACUUUUAUGAG